AUGACUGCCCCUGAUGCGGAACUCAAUGCCAUUUCGUGUGCGGUGCGCCUUGCUGUCAAGCAGGCGAACUGCCAGCAUAUUAUGGUCUUUACUGACUCUAUGGGCUUGGCCCAUAAAGCGGUGGACCCCUCCAUACACUCUGGCCAGGCUUUCAGUCUGUUGGUCUGUCACGCUCUCCAAGAGUGGUUCGAGGCGGACGAUCUCCGCCGCAUCACCUUUGUUUACGUUCCAUCUGCAUUGCAGUGGGAUAUCCAUGGUGAGGCACACAAGUACGUCACUGAGCUCAAAGUCAGGGUUGGACAUCGCAAGACGGACAACUCUAUAGAUGCGCUACGCUCUCAAGCUGCGCACUCAGUCCUGGACUCGUGGAGUUCCACUUUCCAGGAUCCAACUUACCGAGGCUCUGAAUUCUUAGAGCUUCAACAGCCUGACGGGCAGCCGAUUCAGCCAUCGUACCUCAAUGGGGACCUUGGCUUUCAACAUUCGGACACAGUAUCACUGAGUUUGUUCGUGUCUGCCAGUGUAUAA